AUGGCUGAAUCAGACAACCCUAGGCUGUCUUAUGGCGUGCUCCUAUACCCUGGGUUUGAAGUCCUCGAUGUUGCUGGUCCUAUCGAGUGUCUCAAUACUCUUACAGACCAACUUCCCAAUUCUAAACUGACUUUAGCCGUCAUAGGCCGGCCAAUUGACGAAAAUAAUCCUCAUACUCCAGCGGAUUUAUCACCAGCCAAUCCUAGGAGUGGUCCUCCCUUCACCUCGAAUCCCACCGACGGCUUUUCAUUCCAAUCUUCACAAGUUUAUAAGCCAUCGCAUACAUUUGAAACGGCACCUCCUUUAGACGUGCUUAUCAUCGGUGGUGGAUGGGGUAGCUUCCCUUUGGAGGCAAUUCAACCAGAGAUUGAUUUUCUCAAAAAGGUGUUUCCAUCAUUGCAGAAUCUUUUCACAGUCUGUACGGGCUCAGCCAUUGCCGCGAAAGCUGGCCUGCUGGACGGACUGCGGGCCACAUCAAAUAAGGCAAAUUGGCAGCUGGUGACUCCUUGUGGUCCACGAACCCAUUGGGUGGCACAGGCACGCUGGGUUACUUCUGGCAAGAUUUGGACGUCUUCGGGAGUAAGUGCAGGCAUAGAUGGAAUGAUGGCUUUUAUCCGACAGGCUUAUCCUGAGGCGCAAUAUCCAGGUUUAUUGGAGAGGAUUGCAAAUAACAUGGAGUAUCGGUAUGAGCCGGAUCCUUCCAAUGAUCCAUUUGCUAGGAUCUUUGAUGUCAAGGAUGUACUGCCGCAGAAAUAG